AGUCUCUUAAAGCGGCAAGCGCGUGCUGGCAGGUGAGCGGCAGGGAGCUGAGCCGGACCCCACCGCGCGCCAGCCAGGCACCAGGCACGCAAAUCUAAGUGCCGGUGGAGCGGAGCCGUGGUCCAAGGCGGAACGGGGACGCUGCGGGUGUCCUCUGCCUUUAGAGUUGGGAAUUUGCAGCCUGAGACUGCGCAUGGCAAAUCUUGCCGCCGAACGGGCCAGCUAAGAGCGGCGUGGAAGUCAGGCGAGGCUGGAAGCAGAGUGGCAGGCUCGAACGCCAGCCACCCAGUGCGCUUUGCCAGGGCGGCUAACCAAGGCUCAGCACGACGAUAGCACCGUGCUGCCACCCUCGUUUUACCGCUGGGGAAACCAAGGCAGGGCGCACGGAAGGGACGUGCCCAGGGUGUCAGUGGCGGAGCUGAGAAUUGGACCUAGGAAUCCAGAUGAUGAGAUCCGGCGCCAUGGGCGGCCGGGCCGAGCCCCUGAGCCCCCUGACCCGCUGGUACAUCUACGCCAUCCACGGGUACUUCUGCGAGGUGAUGUUCACGGCCACCUGGGCCUUCGUGGCCGAGCGGGACUGGAAGUUCCCGGGCGUCACCAGCGUCUGGGCCCUGUUCAUCUACGGCACGUCCAGCCUGGUGCUGGAGCGGAUGUACCUGCUGCUGCGGGACCGCUGCCCCCUGCUGAGCCGCUGCCUGUGUUACACCCUCUGGAUCUACCUGUGGGAGUUCGCCACCGGCUACCUCCUGCGCCGGUUCGAUGCCUGCCCCUGGGACUACAGCCAUUUCCGCUACCACCUCAUGGGGCUGGUGACGCUGGAGUACGCCCUCUUCUGGUUCCUGGGCUCCCUGGUGCUGGAGAAGCUGGUCAUCGGGAACACCCUGCGGCUGCGGCUGGAGGGGCCCAGCCCCCCGGCCGCCCCCGUCGCACCCCGCAAGGACACCUGAGCGCGACGCAGGCUGGGGCCGGCCGCCCCUCCCUGGACCGUCCUGCUGCAGCUCCCGGAGCUGCCUGACGCGAGAGCCGGUGAGGGGGCGGCCCGGCGGGGUGGGGUGAAGCUCUGAUCGUCCCGUCCUCGCUCGCUUCCCGACCCCGAGACCCUCCCGCUGCCCGGACCACUCCUGCUGCGUGGAACCCACCUGGCAUUCUGUCCCUCCCCCAGUGCCAAUGCCGGGAGAUUCCCCGGGUCUGCCAGGAGGGACCCUGGGCCCAGUUCUCAGCCCCACACCCCCCAUCCCUGUGCUUGGUGGCAGAAUGGGGCGCAGGGAGCUUUUAGCCCCCGUUGGUGCUCUCCCCGCCCAUUCUGGGCCGGGGUCAGCUAUGUUUCUCCGCAGCUGGUCCAUGCACCGGCACCGAUCCCUGAGAUCCGCCUGCUGCAGUUUAGGAAGGCAGCAAACCGGUCCCGGGUAUCAAAAGGGUUGAGAAACACUGGGAUAGAGCAACCUCGGGGCUGCUCUGAAUGGGUCUCUGCACUCCAGCCACGCCCCCGAUCCCCCCAGACAUGGUGGAGGGUUGUGCUCCACACCAGGUGGGAAGACCCUCUUUAGGGGUUGGAAAUCUCAGGGGCGGGGGUCUCUGUUCCCCCCAGGGCUGCAUAAAGGACUCUUUGCAUAAUUAAUCUUUGCCCCCCCGGGGGUGGGGGCAGCUGCUCUUCUCAGGUGUUGCUGCUGGAAGCUGGGGGUCCCCUUUUGCUGCUAGAUUUUUCUCAUGAUCGUGGCUCUGACAGGGGCCAGAGCCGCCCCCCGACUCAGGGAUCGGCCACAGUUCUGUUCACUCAGGUGCUGGGGAUGCAGCGUGUCAUUAAAAAGUUCUUUUGUUUCUCUAUCA